AUGCUAGAGACCCGCGCCGGCGCGUGGACGCCCGAUAUGGACCGAGACGAAGACGUCUUGCGCAUGUUUGUAGCUGCGAUUGAGCGGCAGCUGCGGGCGUGGUUCUUGCAGCAGGCGCGGGUCGCGUGGUCGGGCGCACUUGAUGCAUCGGGUGUCCCUGCGUUUCGCGCCGAGGCCGACUACCUCGUGUCGAAUGAGCCCACGUUCACGUUCCGAACGCUCUCGGCGAACCGCGAAAACACGUGGGAGACGCACGUCGACGCGGACGUGCCGACGCCGGCGUUCCAGAUCCACGCCACGCUCUCGCCGUCGAACGCCGUCUGGGUGCAUGUCGUCGUCUUCCGCAAGGCGCUGCUCUCGACCGCCCAAGGCUUGGAGUACCCGCGCAUGCUCUGGAAGCGACUGCAGGCGCUGCCGUGCGAAGGUUUUGGCGCCGAGAGCAUCAUCGACGUCUGGACGAUGCGGGACGUCAGCGUCACGGGCGUGUUGGCCGCGACGCCGACGCCACUCAUUGUCGAGAAGGACCGGUUCCGCGUCGCCAAGCGCCCGCGCAUGGCCAAGAUGUCGUCGGAGAGCCAAGCGAGCAGCCCGGAGCGACCGCCGCCUUUUUCGCCCAAUGCGCUGGACCCGAAGCGGCCGAAACUCCCGGCCUCGCGGUCGACGUCGCCGUCGCAGCCGCACACGACCGACGACGAGGCGCUGACGCCCAUCUCGCCCGACCUCGGCGUCAAGCACGAGCUGCUCUGCGUCGACUUUGCAGGCGUCGGCACUGACGCGCCGCUGACCACGAGCCGGCGCGUGCACGCGUUCGUGCCCAGCGCCAAGACCACGCGAAAAGCCAAACAUUCGGCCAAGCGACUCGGGACAAAGGCGGAAACGAGUGCGUGGCGCGUGCUGCUGCGCGUGCCCAAGGACGUCCCCAAGACCGGCAACAACGACGAGAGCGAGUACUACAGCACCGCCGACGAAGCCGACACUGUCGUGCCGCUGCCGCUGCCGCCGCGCCCGGUCGCCGUCACCGACGCGAUGCUAACCACGCUUGCGACGACCGUUGCCAAGGAGUUGCACGCCGAGACAGCUCCCACGCGUGCCAAGCCCGGACUGCUUCGCACCGCACACGCGUAUGCUUCGACGUCGUCGUUGUCGUCGGUGAAGGACGAUGCACGGUACCUGCCCGUAGGGAUCAUGCCGUACAACGUCCCGGGGUCGGCGGGACCGUCGUCGAUCAAGUCGUCUGUCGUGCCGCAGAGUGUGGUCGCGGCGCCGCCGCCAUCAACAGCGCCUCGUGUUGACGUGACGCUCGGGCUCCGCCUACUCGCCAAGGACGCGUUGGUGGGAUGGAAGCUCGAUCCGUCGAGCUGGGUGCCGUCGGCCCCAUGCGGCCUCGCGGCGAGCGACAGUGCCCAGCGGCAGCGCUUCUUGACACACUCGGUCGCCAUGCACGUCGAGGCGUUUGCGGCGCGUAUGCUCGUGUCGCCAGCGGCCUGGCUCGGACCAGAUGCAGUCUGCGGCGCGUCCACAACGACGCUGCGUGGGAGGAUACCCGAUGUGCACGUGGCCAAGGCCGAGGCCGUCCUCUCUGUGCCGCCGCACCUCGUGCCCGAGUGGCCGCUGCGAGGCUUUGCGCCGCUCGGACCGAUGAAGAACGUCGACUAUGUCGUGCUCUGUCCCGACGCGCAUUGGCUCGCGGCGCGGACCGCGGCGCACGUCGCGUCGGUGCGCACGGCGUACAUGAACCUCUCGCUGGGCGACCACGAGCCGCUCGAGCUCGCGGGGCGCUGGCGUGUCUCGACCGAUGUGAUCGGCGCCGACCUCGACAACGCCAUCUUGCUCCUGCGCAAGUCGCCUCGCGAUGCGUUCCAGACGUACGCCGCCGCGGCCGGCCAGCUCACGCGCAUCCUCGCCGACGGCCCGACGACCCAAGCCUUUGCGCGCACGGCGAUCGCGACCGUGGUGUAUGUGGUCGCGCCGUUUAGUCCCGACGAAAUUGCGUUGGCCGCGCGGCUCCUCAGCGCCGUGGCCGCGGGUCUCUUCCCCGCCACCAAUAUGCCAUGCGACUGGCAAGCCGGCGUCGUCCUCGAGCUCUUGUACUUGCCGGACGUCUUGGCGCCGCCGUCGCCGCUCGCGUUUGCCGACCACGCGUUUGCGCUCUACGACAAGAUUUACGAAAAAGUCCCGCUGCAGUACGAUACCAUGGCGAUCUCGUCGGGGCCCAAGCCGCUCACGAGCCACGUCAACGAAAAGCUGUUUGCGCUCGCGACCGCGGACCACUGCUGCGACGCGUUCUUGGGCUACGCGCUUGUGAACUCGACGCUGGUCUACGCGCUCGUUGACGCCAGCGGGUCGCUCAUGGACGUCGACGUCUGCGUGACGUCGUCCACGACGUUGGGCGCUGAGGACAUGGCGAUGCUCCUGGCCAAGGCGCUGGCCUUUUACGUCCUGAGCCGCGACACGUUGAGCAAGAGCAGUCGGGGCGUGCUCUGCAUCACCAAGGUCGGCGCGCCGGUCGCCUCCGACGAAGCCGCGCUCUGGAGUCGCGUCUGGGCGGCCGAGCUCUCGGGCGGCCUCGCCAAGUACGCGUCGUCCGUGCGUCGCUGCCUCGUCAGCAGCCUCGUGCGCGCGCCCGAGCUGCAGAUGCACAUGCUGGAUGCAAGAGAUGAGCACAACGUGCAGACGAUGCUCGCGGCCGGCGCGGCGCGCGGCCUCCUCGUCGUGAGUCCUUUGGAUGCUGCCCCCGGGCAUGAUGCCACGUGCCGCGUGGGCCAAGACCCGUCGCUUCUAGCCGUCGCGCUCGCAACCGACAUGCGCGCCGACAUUGUCUUGCUCGUCACAAUCGACGCGACGCUUCCGAGUCCCGAUGAGGCGAAUGACGACGAUGGCAGCGGCGAGGAAGGUGAGGCCGAUGGUGUCGUCGGCCCGCUGCUCCGGCAGCUGCAAGACCACACGUGGCUGAGUGUCGACCCGAUUUCGGGCCGGAAGCAGUCGCCGUACCCGCGCCACGCCGGCGCCGUCGCCCACAUGGUGCGCCUCGUGCACGCCGUGCGAUAA